UCGGAUAAAAAUCUCUUUAGCCUUAAUCGCCUUCGUACCACGAUCAUAUUUGCGCUUUUGUUCGGAACGCAAAGACGCUAAUUAAAAAAUGCAGUGUUAGAUAUUGACAACACGUUUUUUAAUAAAUAUUCAGUGUAUAGUGAAAGCUUCGAUCGGCGUGCGCAUAGGAUCAGCAUUAAAGCCUCAGUCACGAUGCACAUGUAUCUGGCUUCGAAGCAAUCGAUUGUGGCCCGUUGACAGAACACCAGAAAUCGUUGAGUGCCAUCGGAACUUGCAGAUGACUUGCACGGGCCGUGCUGGUACCUGCCGCCUGUCCAGAGAGCCAGCCACUGUACCCGGCCCGUCCCGUCGUCAAUGAGGCUUUGUCGACCGGUUCACCGCCCUUGCCGAGCCUAGUCGUGUUUCUAACCAAUAGUCAAUCCGUGUGACUACGGAGCGAAGGCCAGCCAACCGUUCAAUACCUGAAUUUGUACAGCGAAACAGUAUACGUCGCUAACGCCCAUCGCUGUUGUUUUACUCUCUCAGAUUCAGCUCCCGUUGCUACGCAGAUUCGUUUCGCUUAAGCUAAGCUCGCAAUAAAUCAAAAUGUCGGUGAUACUCAUGGCCGGUAGAAAGCGGAACACUUCGCAGGACCACAAAAACAAACGGAAAGUCAUCAGGAAAGCUGGUUUUUGUUUGUAUGAUUCCAAGGCGAAGCCCCUGUUAACUAAAGCCUGGGAGGUCAGCAUUGACGGAUCGAAUUGCCGUGUCUCAUUUUCUCGUGACAAUCUGCAUGUAUGGAUAAACGGAGAACCAGUAGAAGUCACCGCUUACAUUUCCGACCAAGGAAUGGACGUCGACUUGUACUUUGACGUCACAACUCACAAAGGCCACAUUUUCAGUGAUGUAGAAGGAAGUGAAAUGACGAAUACACUGUAUAUGGAUGACGACAUAGUGGCACAACACCAGUUCUCUGAGAAAAACUAGCCAAUCAAGUCUUGGGAUUUAAAAAAAUGGCGACAUUAUAUAUUUCUGUCAGUCAAGUCAUUUCAUAUUUUGACUGCAUCUCAACUCACUGCUGGUUUGUUGAUUCUACUGCUGAGUAAACCAUACAAACAAUUUGAUUGGAGAUUUGUUAAUCAAAAAGAUCCUAGUCCCGAAAGGGGGGGGGGGGGGCGUUCUUUACAUAGAAUGUUACAGGCGUUAAGAUUGAUGUGUCAUGUGUAGAAGGUUGUUUACCUAACAUUUUUACCUGUAUUCGUCGAUAUCAUCAUAAAUUGUGCUGAGUGUUCUUAAAGACACUGAUCUGAGUUAAAUUUGACAAGCUGAAAACAAGAUUUUUAACACAUAUGUAUGCAGUCAAAUACUGACAAAAAUGUCUUACCACAUGGAAGUCAUUUGUUUAAUAUACCUGCUCUGAAAUACAAUAUUCCAGAUUACGGUAAUUUUUAAAGGAGAAGGUCAGGUGAAUAAACGUUUAAGCUAUAUGUAUAUGUUGAAAAUAUAACAUGCAACAAAUAUUGUCUUCAUGUUUGCCUCAGACUAUGUAUAAGUAAGGGGAAGUGCUGUUGGCUGUCGUUGUUGUAUGGAUGCUUGCCGUCCCUGUUUCUCCUACAAUGUCGGGAUCUCCAUCUACCGGUAUGUGAUACAGCAUGCGUCAAACUUCAAACUCUUCAAAAAAAAAAAAAGUUAAGCUUGCGAACCUGCAUUCUGCUGAUACUGUAAAACGAUAUCAGUACACCUCUCAGCUGGAAAAUAAUUGCAAUGGAAGUCUGUUAUCAAUUCUGGGGUAAACUACAUACAAGCAGGUAUAAACAGAUCUCUCUUUUUACGACUGUAAACAAUGACCUGUUCAGCAAACGUGACUUGUGAAAAUUGAUCUGGCGGAUAUAUUUAGGGUGGUUAUAUUUCUUAAUUAUGAAUAUCUUUGAUCUGAAAAGCUACAGAAAUCGCAAAGGUCGCUUUCUUUCCAUUUUGAGAUCUUCACAUCUUUCGUGUGUACUAUGCGAGGCCAGGUUAUCACCUUAUCCGAGCUGGCUUUUCAAUGUAUCAAAUAAAUAUUGCUUUUCUAAAGAUCACAAUAUCAAAGAUAACUGCGUUAGUUAAUGAUAAGGUCAGCAAAGGGUUUUGUCCUAUGAUGUGGGUUUGUCUUAUAGAAUGCGACUUAGCAUUUCGGGUCACAAAACCAACCUAAAAACUCUGGUUAGACAGAAGUGCCACUUUCCUAGAUUUUUCAGGAAAGAGUCUUGAGUCUUGAUGACAAAUGACGUAAUUACGUAACGAUGGCCUGAGGACAAUCUGUUUAUAUGCAGUGCUCGCUAAACUACCCAAAUUUCCAGUAUUUGAUCAUCAAUUUCUUUCUGAAGCCAGUCUGAGAUUUUCAGAUUUCACAUUGCGCUCCACACAUCGUAUUCUGCGGCUCACAAGUAUGAAAAUUGGCAGCCAAUCAUUUUGAGGCUGGUUUGGUAUUUCCAAUGACCCAUAGCAGGCAAAACCAUUAAUGCGCAGUGUAACUGACCGACUCUUCAAAAAAAAAGGCUUUAAGGCGGUUGUAAUUUGCGUACUUAGCCUUAAAUUUGUAGAUCCACAUAGCUACUGUAUGUUUCAUGGCUUUCAUAAUGUUCUUAUAUCUGUCUUCUAGCAGUUUCUAUUUUGCGUAAAUGGGUUGAACGACAAAGGUGAUUCUACUGGGUGUUCAUGAAAAAUUGAUUUACAAGCUUUGUGAAAGUGUGUGUUGGAAUCACACGUUUUAAUUUUAUUCAAGCUAUUCCCGAUGCACGUUAUAGGAAACCACUUUUUACCAUUCUUUCUGGGGGAAAAAGCGUGAAUAGUUUUGACUGUACCUCGUCAUUUAAUAUCUUCUCCAUUUUACCAGACAUUGGUUUUACUUUAUUGUUGCAUGUACCAAAAUUUUGGAGAUUUGUUGAUGUUGUUACGAAGAGUUACGUUUUUAACUGUAGUUGAAAAUAUUCAUUCCACGUAUUGUUACAGUUAGGUGAGGAAUGCCAAAUGCUGUGUAGACGUUCAUAUUCCUUCGUUGUAUGAUAAUUACUGAGUACUUAGAGUAAAACAUGCAUUGCAAUAUUAGGCCAUGAACAUGUACAUUUGUUGUAAAACAAAUGAGAUGCCAUCUAUAUAUGUAGCUGUUGGAAUUUUGUACUAAAUGUUUUCUUCUUCAUUCAUUUCAUUUUUAGAAUGUUCUUAACAUAGAAAUCAUGUAUAGGUAUAUAAUAACCCGUGCAGGUAACACGGAAAGAAAGGUUUAACGGGCAAUUAAAAUUUGAUACAGCCUAAUAAUUCCCUUAUGGUGUCUUCUCUGUUACGUCAAAAAAUAAAGUGGGAUAGGUGGCAGAUGGCCACACGU